AUGGCCUUCCAUCAAUUCGAUUAUAUCUUGGCCAUAGCUAUUAUUUUUGCCUUUUUGGAUGCCUUCAACAUCGGUGCCAACGAUGUGGCCAACUCGUUUUCCUCCUCGGUCUCAUCGAGGUCCUUGAAGUACUGGCAGGCCAUGAUAUUGGCUGCCAUUUGCGAGUUCCUUGGUGCGGUGCUUGUGGGUAACAGAGUUUCUGACACUAUCAGAAAGAAGAUUCUCUCUACUGAUGCUUUUGCUGAUGAUCCAACCGUGCUUAUGUUGGGUAUGGCUAUUGCCCUCGUGGGUUCCUCGCUCUGGUUGAGUUUUGCAACCACCAUUGGUAUGCCUGUGUCCACCACCCACUCCAUCAUUGGUGCUGUUAUCGGUGUAGGCAUUGCUGCCAGAGGUGCCGAUAACGUUAUUUGGGGCUGGUCAGGUUUCGCUCAGAUUGUUGCCUCCUGGUUUAUCGCUCCAUGUAUUGCCGGUGCCUUCGCAUCCAUCGUUUUCCUUAUCGCCAAGUUCGGUGUCUUGGAAAUUAAAGAGGAGAAGAAAAGUAUCAGAAACGCAUUGUUCUUGAUCCCCAUUUUGGUGUUCAUCACCUUCUGUGUGUUGACCAUGUUGAUUGUGUGGAAGGGCUCUCCAAAGUUGAAUUUGGACGACUUGUCCACCGGUGCCACUGUCGGCUCCAUUUUUGGUGUUGGUGGUGUUGCUAUGAUUGUCUACAUGGCUUUCAUUUUCCCUGUGGUCAGCAGAAAGAUUGCCCACAAUGACUGGACCAUCAAGUGGUACGACGUCUUCAGAGGCCCCGUCUACUGGUUCAAGCCUCUUGACCAGAUUCCUCCAAUGCCUGAGGGACAUCAGAUCACCAUUGAUUAUUACGAGGGUCGUAGAAUUGUUGAGAAGGCCCACGAUGGCGAUGUGUCUGAAGUUGACACCAAGGAGAACGCCGCUAAGGAGUCUGUCAACUCCCUAGGAAGUGUCUCUUCAGCUGGUAAGGAAACUGAGACCACCAGACAGAAAUGGUGGAGACUCUUGAAAGCAGGUCCUAAGAAAUGGCCAUACCUCCUCUGGCUCAUGGUUUCUCACGGUUUUACCAAGGAUGUCAUCUCCCUCCAGACCAACGCUAAAGGUAUGUUGGCGGGAAACAUUAAAAAUGUUCAUGCCAAGUCCAAGUUUUACAACAACAAGGUCGAGUACCUUUUCUCCUUGCUUCAGGCCAUCACUGCUUGUACCAUGUCAUUUACUCACGGUGCCAACGAUAUUGCCAACGCAUCUGGUCCUCUUUCCACCGUCUACCUUGUGUGGAACGAGCAGGGCUUGAAAGACACCCCACCUAUCUGGAUUCUCUGUUUCACUGGUGCUUCCUUAGUUCUCGGUGUGUGGAUGUUUGGGUACAAGAUCAUGAGUGUCUUGGGCAACAAGAUGAUUUUGCAGUCUCCAUCCAGAGGUUUCGCAAUUGAGUUUGGUGCUGCCAUCACCGUUGUCAUGGCCACGCAAUUGGCCAUCCCUGUGUCCACCACUCAGUGUGCUGUCGGUGCAACUGUGUUUGUUGGUUUGUGCAACAAGGACCUCAAGGGAGUUAACUGGAGAAUGGUCACCUGGUGCUACUUGGGUUGGUUUAUUACGCUACCAGUUGCUGGCCUCAUUUCCGGUAUUUUGAUGGGUAUCAUCAUCAAUGCCCCACGCUUGGGCGUUGAGUACGUGCCACAGUAA